AUGUCGUCUCAAGAUGUCCCUGUUCCGCAGGGUCCGGAUCGCAAGCGAGUUCUCAACGUGCUCGCCCAACGGAGAUACCGUCAACGUAAGCGAGAACGAUUGCGAUCCUUGGAGAAGAUGAUUCAAGCUAGCGGUACAAACGUAGCGCAUGGUCUGGAUAGAGAGGAACAACUUCAGCACUCGACAAAGCCUUCAACACUGGGGCCAUGCGGCACCGUCACAUUUGGCAACAAUCCCCUCUAUGAUCCGUUUCAAGGUUUCGAAAGUGGAACAGUCGAUCCGUCCUUUAUGGGUCUUGCGCAGUAUGAUAUGACCUUCAACACGUCGGCAAUCUCGUCGUCAUAUGUGGGUGAUCAGUUCGGAAUCAACCCUAGUCUAACUUAUGCGAAUAGCGCUCGGAGCGAUACUUCAACGCUUGAUUCACAAGUAUCAGCAGAACUCCAAGAUCUCGAAACUUCCCAGUUCACCUUCCCAUCAGAUCAUAUCAUUGACAUCCCAUGCCUCAAAACUAUGGAGAUCUCUUUACGUAUCGCACAGAUGCUUGGUCUUGGAGAUGAGCUUUUGGAUCUCAGCAUAAAACGGGUUCUGGACGUGUCGAAACUUUCUGUCCCUUUAGAGGAACUGCCUGAGAACUUACGCCCGACGGAAGCACAGCUUCUAUUGCCACACAAUCCGAUGAUAGAUGUCCUUCCUUGGCCAUCUGUCAGGACGAAGCUCAUCUGUCUUUUUAGUCAGCCUGACCAGCUCAGACCACCCAUUGCGAGAGGCUCCAUGGCCAUCAUGCGGCUGAUGUAUAGCAUCGAUGAUGAGUCCGAGGGACUUCGUGUUGUAUCUGAUGCGAAUGAACAUGGCAUUGAUGUAAGAGGUUGGGAAGUCGGACAAGCCGUCUUCAAAGACUGGUGGUGGAUAUUGGAUCCUGAAAUUGUCUCUAACUCGAACCGACUAAGGAACAUGAGAGGAGCACCCAGAUUGGAGAUCUCGAUACUAUCGACUAGGCGCUAUGCCUGGGAUUCUCGGAGCCAAGCAUCGACCAAGACAUUUGAGCUCGCAGCAGACAUCUAUCAACCGCUUCUCGCUCAAAAUCAAAAGGCCGCAGGUACCAUUCUAAUCCGCUGUCCAUACGGGCGCAACCUUCUCUUCGCAUUGCUCGGUGUGCGGCCCCACGCAGCACGAGGCUACAAUUGCCUCUUUGUGAGCUGCCGAGGUACCUUCGGUUCGGGAGGCAAGUUCGCACCCUGGCAGAAUGAAGAGAAAGAUGGGAAAGCAGUGGUAGAAUGGAUGCGACAGCAAAGUUGGUAUACCGAAUCCUUUGCGACGUUAGAAGGCUCCGACCUAGGUUAUGUGCAUUGGGCUCUGUUGAAGGAUCCACCAAGCGACAUGGUAGCUGCAGUGAUACAUAGCGCACCUCAUAACUUCGGCCAGCAGUUAUGGGGUACGGGAUCGCUCUCGCUGGAAUGGGUGGCUUGGGUGGACAAUGUCUUGCAUCAGGAAGAAACAGGGACUGACAACAUGAGAAGGACAUGGAGCACGAUGAAACGAAUGCAGCCUAUGAUGCGUGGACCGGGUCUUGCGAAAAACAUCAAUCACCAUUUCGAUGGUCAGGCGCCAUGGGUGGAGUAUGUGGUUGACCAUCCGGAUAUCGAUACGAGGGAUCCGUUUUACCAGAAGAUGAAGUUUGAGCAAGCGCUGGAGCGGGCGAGUAUUCUGAUUCUACUCGUAGGCGGGUGGUUCGAUGUUUUUACGCAGCAGACUUUGCGACAGUACGCGCGGCUGAGUGAGCGCAGUACAAAUGUUGCGCUAAUGAUGGGCCCGUGGAAUCAUACUCAAGUCGGUAUGCAGGCCGAAGUACACAAGCAGUCGUACAAUUGGAUCGAACAGCAUCUCGCGAAGCGGAGUGUUCAAGCGCAGAAGAGCUCGGUCAGAUACUUCGUUACUGGAGCGAAGGAGCGGCAGCACGAAACGACUUGGGCACCACCGAUAGUCGUACUGGAGUGGUAUCUUGGAUCUGGUCAGCGUUUGACAACUCAGAAAGCUAUUGAAGAAGGAUAUUCAUGCUUUGUCUUUGAUCCGAAAGACGCCACGCCAACCGUAGGGGGUGAUCUGCUGCUUCUAGGCGGAGGAAGUGCCGACGAUAGUGCGCUAGCAGCCCGCUCCGACGUUCUUACCUCCACGACCGAACUUCUCAAAAAGGAUGUUGAGGUUACAGUCAAGAUCUUCGUUCAGUUGAGCUAUGCAACCGACGAUUCGGAUAUAGAUUUGUUCAUUCGUAUCAGCGAAGUUGAUGCGAAAGAACGGUCUCAUAACAUAACAGAAACUUACAGGCGACUGAGCGUGACAAGUGGAGUUCAAACACUCGUUUUACAGCUCAACGACUGUGCGCAUAGGUUUAAGAAAGGUUGUCAGAUCCGGUUGUUGAUUGCCGGGGCAUCGUUUCCGCAGUAUUCGGUCACUGCUGGUCGUAGAAUUGGCGAGACUUCGGGGCAAUGA